CACAUGGAGAGUGGUCACUCGGCUCCCGCCGGUUACGUUUGGGAGCUGCUCCUGUCAUGGCGUGACCCAGAAGCUCUCCUCUCCUUUUAACUUUUGUCCUAAUGUUCAGUCAGGAGAGAUUCAAGGCCAUGAGCCUGCUGACGGGGGCCGCGGCCGGGAUGGCUUCGGGCUUCCUGGGCUUCUAUUACAUGUGGCGGCACCACAAAAGCCGUCUGGUGCUGGAGGGCCUGGGGCCGGAAGGUACACUCCAGCCCUUCGCCCGGUCCCAGUCCCCAGCGCAGCCGCAGGCCAGACCCCAGUCUCAGCCUCAGUCUCAGCCCCGCCCCCACGGUCCUUCAGAAGAGCAGCACGAGAUUCGGUGGCAUCUGGACUCCAUCCAAAGUUGCCUGGACGGUCUCAAGGCAGAGGUGUCGUCUCUCAAGGAGUGUAUCCAGUUCAUCGUGGAGAAGCAGAGCAGCCUGAGGAAACCCAAGAGCUCCAGGAAGAAGAAGAGGAGAUACGAAUCUAAGCGAGACAGUGACGACUCGACGGAGUCUAUCUCCAUCUACUUCACAGCAAAUGCGGGGAAAGCCUCAGACAGCGAGAGUGAGACGGGGUUAGUUAGAGUUCCUGCUCCCAAAGGACAAGUCGAAGUCCUGGCAGAAUUAGAUUCUUCCAUGCUUGCUUUUGCAGCUGAACCAUUCACAGAUGACAGGACUGGGCUAGAUACUGAGUCCCCAUUUCUUCAAUAUCAGCCAACAGCUGGUUAUACUGCAGUACACACUGACAUAGAGCUGGAGAAAGAUGAAGAACAGAACAGCAGUUUGGUGCAAAUUCUUAAUUUCUCCCCUGCUCUGGAACCAGGACCAGAGUCUGGGGCUAUGCAGUACUUGAUAUCGCCAGAAGUAGAUCAGAAUGAAAUGCAUGCCCUUCUGGAAGAAGUAGACAGACUACAUGGUGGAAGCAAAGAGGAACAAGAACAAGGAUUUAAAGUCCUUUUAGACAAUAAAAAUAAGUAUGGUAAAAGAAAAGAGUUUUGUUGGCGGAUGAUUCGUGCCUACAGUGAUAUGACCCAGCUGACAGAAGAUAAAGAAACACAGAAAUGUUAUGCUUUGGCUGGAAAAGAUGAAGCAACUGCCAGUCUGCAGGAUCACGGGGACAGUAUAGAAUGCCAAAUAUGGCUUGCUGUUGUUUGUCGCUAUCUGCAAGACCAUGACAUUGAAGAAGAAAAUAACAGUCUCAAGGGCAUGCAGACACAACAUGAAAGUAACAUAUUAGUUGAUGUCAUUAACAGUUAUGACAAUGUGUACACUCAGCACUACACCAUGCCUAUCAGUGACUCAUCCGAUGUGGAGGACAGAAACAAAGAAGAGGACAUGCAGGCAAUAGAAGAAGCUAAUCUGAUGGUUCAGUUCAUUGAUGGUUAUCAUGUGACAUUCUCAGAUGAAUGCAACCUCAGCACCUCUGAUGUGGCUCAAACAGCAGAGACGGAGAGUGAAUAUGAACAACAGGACAAAACUGAUGAGGAUAAUGAUUUGCAAGACUGAAAGAAGUCUGAGAAACCAACAGAACCAACUGAGGACUGAUUGCUGGAGUGAUCAUGAGCUACCAGUACCAUAGACUUUGUCAUCCUCCCACAGCAAUGGUUAACAAUUUGCUUUAAAAAUAAAAUCAAACAGUACUUGAGCACUGUAUAAAUAAUGAGAUUUCUUAAAAGGUAAUCUGAUGUCCCUUUCUCUCCACAAGAAUAGAAACUUGUAAUUUUCCUGAGUGGGUCAUGCUCCUUCAGUCUAUGCUAGGCAGUACUUGCCAUGGAUAUUCUUGUCAGGAAAUAAACUUUUUUAGGCCUAACUAUGCAAGGGCA